CAACGCUUCUCAUUUCUUUCGGGUACUGUGGCUGAACGACUAUAUAGUGAAUGACUAACGUUUGACAUGCGAUUGACUGUGUUCUGUCCUGUCAGUCUCUUCCGUUAAAUUUGAGAUUUGAGGGGCCCGAGAGGCCUUUUUGAAGUUUUUAAGUUUUUACACAUUGAUAUCGAGAUUGGAAAAUUAGAUUUGCAAGUAAAUGUAUGUGGUGUCCUAGAAAAUUAUGCAAGGCAAAUAUACCAUAAUUAUGUACUAUGGCAAGUACAGUAGUGAUUCAUGGAAGAUCUGAAUAUCUACUAAGACAGAAAUAUAUUAAUACAUAAAAAUAUGGAAAUGUUUCAAAUGCACGUUAUUUGAUUUUUAGAUUUACUAUACUGUUUACUAUUUAUUAUAAACGGACAAAGAAGAUAAUAUGGCACAGUCUGACACAGCCCAUGAUAGGAAUUUAUUAUCAGCAACAGUAAAAGCUGAAAUUCUUAACAAUGAUGAUUCUACUCUUGACAACAAUUUCAGUGGAAAAGCCAUAGACUUUCAGUUUUCUAUCCAGCCAAAAGUUGAACAAUCUGAAAUCAAAGAUGAAGUUGAGGAAUUAGAAUUUGUGGGAGAAGUUAUCGAGUUUUCUGAGAAUGAACUAUCUGGUUUAGAAGAAAGUCAAGAACCUAAUUAUGGUACCACAAAAGAAUCAUAUUGGUGUGAACAAUGUAAUGCGGAAUCUUGUUACAAAAAACAUGACUUGCAUGCAGAUUUUAUUCGUAUUACAACUAAACCAUUAAAUCAAUCAAAUCCAUAUGAAUGUGCUACAUGUAGCAUAAAGCUUUUGAAUCCGACAAUAGCCUUAUUUCAUUUGUCACUUCAUGACAAAGAUAGUUUCAGGUGCUAUAAAUGCAAUUGCAUUCUACUGGAAUUUUCUGAUUUUUUGGAACAUAUAGAGAAACUCCAUUCUAAAGACAAGGAUUAUUAUCGAUGUGUCGAGUGUAAUUUUGUGACCUUUUGGCAUCUCCAGUAUGCUGACCAUAACAAUAAGUUUCAUAAACCAAAAUUGUUUCAUAAAUGCAAACUGUGUGACGAAUUUUGGCCAUCCAGAAAUCAUAGUUUACAUGAGAAGAUGUUACAUAUUAAAAGCAAAUAUGGAAGGAAUCCAUAUGUGUGCAAGAAAUGUGAGAUUGAAUUAGUUGAUCCCGAUGAAAUAUAUGAUCACUUAAAGAUACAUGGUGAUAUAGGAAUAUUUUGCAGUUUUUGUGCCUUUACUUCCGAAAAUCUCGAAGACCUUGAAAAUCACAAAAAAGAUAAUCAUGCAGAAGAAGUUGAAAAACAAAGGAUUAUACGGGAAAGUUGUAAAGAAUAUAUGGAGAAUGAUAAUGAUAUAAAAUGUGACUUAUGCAAUAGAUACUGGCCAGAUAAAAUUCAUUCAAAUCACGAAAGAAUGAUACUUGUUGAAAAACAAGUAACAGAAGAUACUCCGUAUAAAUGUACAGCAUGUAACAAAAAAACCUGCAACCUACGAGAAGUGUACAAACAUGUGAAUCGGUAUUGUAGGUAUACGAUGAAAUGUCCAUUUUGUUCAAAAGUUUUUAGAAGGAGGCAAGGUUUAGAUAACCAUGUUAUAAGAGAACAUCCAGGUAAAAAAUACGUAAUGGAUAACCGCAUUUUAAAAUGCAAGCUUUGUGAAUAUUCAACAGUAGUACGUAAAAAUUUCCAUAGUCACGUAUUUAGCCACAAGAGUAAAGAAGAUAGACCACAAUAUAACUGUAAUGAAUGUAAUUUUACAACUUAUAACUCCAGUUAUUUAAAAAAGCAUAGACUCAUUAAGCAUCCAGUGGAGUCUGAUACACUUCAUACUUGCGAUAAAUGUACUUAUAGUACAUAUUUAACAUCACGUAUGACUAAGCAUUUAAAGACUCAUGUAGAUAAUGAAAUUUUCAAAUGUGAUAUUUGUAACGGAUUAUUUGGACGCGAAAGGAGUUUGCAACGACAUAAAGUCAGGCAUUUUCAAGAAAAGAAAGAAAAGAAACAAUAUGUGUGUGAAAUAUGUGCAAAAGUUUAUUAUUUUAAACCUAGUCUACUGCAACAUCUGUAUUGCGCCCAUCAGCAAGGUGAAGCGAAGGUCUACAUAUGUUAUACGUGCAAAUAUAAAAGUUACAACAGGAUACAAUUCAUUUCACAUACGAAAUUACAUAUAAAACAGGAGUUCUUAUAUUGCGCCAAUUGCGAAUAUAAAACUUUCAGAAAAAUGAAUCUAAUUCAACAUAUGGUGAAACAUGCGGAUUCAUCGAAAUUGCAAUUGCACAAGUGCAAAGUGUGUUCUUUUGAGACAAAACGAGCCCAUACUCUAAGAAAUCAUGUUAAAUAUACUCACGGAACAUUGUAAUAAACUAAUGCCUGGUUGCACCAACAGAUCUUAGAUCAAUUUUCAGCUUGCCACAAUGGAUUGGUUUAAAAAAAGUGAAUAAAAAUGCAUUUAUUAUUAAUAAAUAAUUAUCCAAAAGUAUAGUCAAUUUUUCCUUAUAAACAUUUUGAAUGCCUUUUUUCAAAAAAAUCUAUUUUUUACCGUUUUUUAGGUGCACAACUACCAAGUGAUGUUAUGUAUAUGAUAAUUGAUGGAAAAUUGUAUUAAAUAUGUUAGAUCACUGAUCACGUAUUUGACUUAAAAAAAAAGAACUUUAUUUAUUACACAAUAAGUUUACAUAAUAGUACAAAGUUUUUUUUCUCUGAUUCUGGCCUUGGUUUAGAACUAGAACCUUUAGCCACGUAAUUGUAUAACUUAUCACUAACUCAGGUGUAAUGUGUAGUGUGUGUGUUGAGUAAGUGUCUUGUUACUUUGCAAAGAGACGCUAAUUGUAUCCGAACGUCUGCGGUCCCUAGGACAGAAACUAUUUUCAUUUAUUAAUUUAUAAUAAAUGAAAAAAUUCCUGACCCUGGUGGGAUUCGAACUCACUACCAUUCGGAAAGUACAAAGUUAAAUUAAUUUAAAAUGACUACAAUAACUGCGGACUGGUCGAAGUUGCAGAUGCCUCCAAUUUUCAGCUUCCCAUAAUGGAUUGCCACGUAAGGAAGACUAUAUAUAAGAUGAGCUGGGCUAAGCUGGAGCUUGAGAUUUGUUGGUGCAACCAGCCAUAAAAGUCAAACAAUUAGGAACGCACGUCAUAGAUUUAAUGACAUCAGAACCCAUCAGUACAAACUUGACGACAGACAAAUUCAACAAAUUUUUCCUCCUAAUAUAUUAGUUUUUUCGCUACCGGCUACACUGUUUCUCUUUGUCUUUAUGAGUGUGAAACAAAGAUAACUUCUUACUCUCUUUCUUGGCUUGCAUACUUGUGCAUCUGCCAGUACAUUUGAUUGUAUUGCAGCUCGUCUUGCUCUAAGGCAGGCCGCACAUCAAAGAAACAUGAAACGUAAAUCACGUUUCAUGGAAAUAAAACACUGCUAAACAAAUAGACGUCCGGCCAUUUAUGAAACUUUCCGAAAAUAAAAAUGUGUUAUGAGCAUGAAUCACACUGGUUUCAUUGGUAGGCGGACUUCAAGAUUUGUUUAGCCGUGUUUAAUUUUCAUGAAACGUGUUUUACGUUUCUUGUUUCUUUGGUGUGCGGCUUGCCUAAGCAAUGCUGCAACACUGAAAACCUAAAAAUAUUGCCUUGAUUUACCAAGUAAUCAGGGGAAUAUUGGGGGAUGUAAGUGCGGGUCCAAGUAUUUUAAAUUCAUAAAUUCAUUUUGUUAAUAUUUAAAUGAAUAAUCACUGCCUGUAGUUGUUCAUGAGUAAUAUGUUGCAAUAUAUUUUGAACAUUGGAGUUCUUUGGUACUUCUAAUUUUGUUAGUUCAUUCAAAGAUAACUAUGUGUACUAAAAGUGUCAAGACAUUUUACUGUAGAAGGUUAAGUAAGAUUUUUGUUUGUUUAUUUUUUCUUCUUCUUUUGUGGCCUUUGGGUGCUGUGCCCAUUUAGCCAGCAACAUUUCUGAAAAUUAACGCCUAACUAAACCUACCAUACAAUAAAACUAUUACGAACCUAAUCAAGGAUUGAGAAGGGAAAGUGAAGUGGGCUAAAAAAAACUGUAGUCAAAAUAUAAAAUAAAUAAAUGAAAUAUAUUUUGAAAACAAUAAUUUGACAUUAUAUUUAACCUCCAAUAUGACAGACGUCAGUUACCAUUUACAAGCUCACAAGUAUAAUAAUGACGUCAUUUAAACACGUCACAAAAUCUAGCCAAUGAAAUGCUCGCUCUAAUAGGAAUGGCAUAUCAAAAAAAUCUGAUUCCCUAUAUAUUUUUUUCAAAUUUAAAAUAUGGCAACAAGGGAAAAUUACGUGCAUUCCUUAUUGUUUGACUUCCUAUAAUUACCCAAUAUACAGUGCUGGUCAAAAGUCCCGUCCCCCCUCGUAUGUUUUGAACGAUUAUACUUAUAAUAGUGAAAUUUGGAGGGAGGAAAUAAACGGACGUAGGCUUUAAUUUUGUUCGGGUUUAAGUUGAUUUUUUUAAAUAAAUUAAGUAAAUAUAAAAUUGUAGUUUCGCAUUUAAUUGAUAAAGAUUUAAACGUUCGUAACGCGAUUUUUGACCUCCCUUCCCCCCCUCCGUAACGCAGUAUAAUGGGCGUUUAACUAUUGCGUAACGCAAUUUUUGAAGAUUUUUUUUACCCCCACCCCAACCUGCGUUACGUAAUACUAGAACGGCCCAAUGGUUAUUGGUCAAAAAAAAGUUGACGUUGACGUAAAAACAACUAUACCCUGUGUUUAAAUUGUACUUUUUAAAAAAAUAAAAAACUUGUUUAAAACACAUGUUUUUACUUUAUCGUACUAUAUACGUAGUAUAGUAUAAUAGAUAAAGUUAUAGGAUCGUGCAAAAAAAAUUUUUUAGAUUUCACUUUUUUCGACGUUUUGAGUUUCCCUGAGUCUAAAAAGCAAAUAAAAAAAACAUGUCGGACGUACGUAUGUACGUACGUAUGUAUGUACGUACGUAUGUCGCCACCGCCCAGCAAAAACUACCGGACCGAUUUCAAUGAAAUUCGGUAUGAGUAAGUUUAAGAGAAUUUUGUCGAGAAACUAAGCUUUUAAAAAAAAUCUCUCAAAGGGGGGCCGAAAUAGGGGGGUUAUUUAGGGCCCAUUUUUGCAAAUUUUGACCGAAACGAAUGAAAUUUAACUCAAAGUUAGCUCAUUGAUAGGUUAAUCGAAAUACGAAAUUUGACAUUUCCAAAUUCAAAAUGGCCGACUGCCCACCCGACACAUUUCUCUACCUAUCUAAAAACUUGUUUAAGAUAAGUUUAAUUUGAAAAAGUCGUUAUAUAGCUUAAAGAUGGGGCUAUAAGAAGAAAAUUAUCGUUUUUCAGAAAAAGUUAUGGGUUACCUAUAUUUAAGGGGUCAAAAUUUGACAUAAUUUUGAACUAGAUUUUCUCAAAAAUGGCUCCAAGGAAUUUGUUUAUUUUUUGAUAUGUUUUUGAUAUUCUAUCGGUAAAUUGAAUGACAUUAGUCAGAUUUCUUAACUCCCCAUAGGAGGGGAGUUAUGAAUUUUUUAUUAAAAAAUAUUCAAGUGCCCGUAACUUCUUUUGUAAUAAAAACUAAAAUUUGAAAUUUUGCAGACAUAUUAUAUGGUACUUUAUUAUCUAUUAUCAUAAAAAAUUUUACCCAAAAUAUGGCUUCCGGUUAAACCGGAAAUGAAAAAAAAUCUUCGGAGGUAAUAUCUUGUUCUUAAUCUCGCGCAUUGACUGGCGUAAUAGAAAUAGAAUGAAAUGCAAAUAUUGUAAACUAUUAAUUUCUCAGAAAAAUGAACUAAUUUGAAAUGAAAGUAUGACUAUAAUAUUGUAUUGAUUUAUGCAAUAAUCUAUACAUCUAUAGUGUGUCCCCGAAAUAUGGCAUCGAACAUUUUCUCAAAUGCAGGAAUUAAUGAUGCGUAGAACCAUAAAAUAUUUUCAAGUAUACAAGGUGUUUCUAAAAUAUCAAAAUAAAGAGUAACUUUGCUAUUUUUAUAGAAUGCCAGUAUCUAGUACGAUAACGAUAAUAGAUCGGUACGAUAAAGUUCUCGGGCGGCCCUUCCGUCCAGCGUUUUUUUUUGUUUUAAACGUUUUUUUGCUUUGAACAUGUUUUUUGUUUGUAAAUUUUAUAUUUUAAACAAAUAAAACUUGGAAGAAAACAUUG